UUUGGUAAAAAAAAAAAGAAGUUAAUACUACCUUUUAAUCCUUUUUUAUUCAAUUGAAAAAAAUUAUGCGAGGAUUGAAUGAGUGGAAGGACUGAAGGACCUGAAUCAUUAUCAGUGGUGAUUAGUGAGUGAGAAUUUGCGAGUUGGCGACGAGUUACCGAGUUAGGUUUUGAAAACUCGCUCAUCCAUGGCUCGGAGCUUGUCUCGUUCGCGUUCACCUUCCCACAGAAGAAGAUACUCUCGUUCCCCUGUUUCUCACCGUCAUGCUCACUCUCACUCUCGAAGGGAUCGAACAUCCUCAAGGCGAAGAAGCCGAUCCCCUAGCCACAGGCGCCGCAGAAGCAGAACGCGGUCACCGUCUUCGCCGAGGCGCCGCAGAAGGCACAGAAGCAGAAGUACUUCCUCGCCCUCUCCUCCUCCUCCUAAAUCGCGCAGUCCCAGUGUCGUUGCGAACCAUCACAAGCUCAAAAAAGACGAAGAAGAAAAGAGAAGCAGGCGUCAACACGAGGAGGAAUUGAAAAAAUUAGAGGAAGAGACCGCAAGAAGAAUCGAAGAAGCAAUUCGAAAAAAUGUUGAGGAGAAGCUUGAUUCAGAGGAAGUUAGAUUGGAAAUAGAAAGGCGCAUAGCAGAGGGUGUGAAGAAAUUGUUUGAUGAUGUUGAAGUUCAACUUGAAAAGGAAAAGCAAGAUGCUCUUAAUGAGGCUCGAAGGAAAGAAGAACAAGCUAGAAAAGAGAGGGAAGAGCUGGAUAAGAUGCUUGAAGAGAAUAGGAGGAGGGUGGAAGAGGCUCAGAGAAGAGAAGCCCUAGAGCUGCAACGAAAGGAUGAGGAACGGCAGAGAGAAUUAGAGAUGAUCCAGAGACAGAAAGAGGAGGCUGCUCGGAGAAAGAAGCUGGAGGAGGAAGAAGAACAUGCCAAUCGAAUGAAUUCGUUAGGUGCUAUGCUCAAUUUUAUUUGUGUUGCAUGACAACACUACUGUCCCCCGGCUUGGCUGGAAGCUACACCUAGCUGGUUUCAAAUUUUAGUUUGGAGGCAGUAGCUGGUAACCAAAAAUAUACCAUAGGUCUUGUGUUAAGAUAUGAGAAAUACUCGUCGUCUUGUAGUGUGUCAAAAUUAUCCAUAGCCACUUGCUUUUGUUCUUUGAAUAAUUUUCAAACAUUAUACACAUAUAUGAAAUCGAGUGGUUGAAAUUUGGAAAUCUUUCUUGGCAUAUAUCAAACUUUCUCCUGUGGGAUACAAGUGUUUCUUGUAGGGCAGAAGCAUGUUUUCUAGACCUACCAAAACUAUGAAGGAGCAAAGGAAAAUACAACAGCCAAAUAAUCCCCCUUUUCUUUGACAGGCCAGUACUGUUUCACAAUGAAAGGUCAACAAUUGGCUUUGAAUAAUAGAAAAUCAAAACCUAGUUGCACUGUUAGAAGCCUUGUUAUCUAAACUUAUUAAGAGUGCAAGUAAUUUUUAUGGUGAAUUUCUUGGGAGGACAAUUAUAUGCAACCUGUGCAUGUAGCGUAUUUGAAUUAGGGUUGUGAUAUUUGUUAUCUAGAAAGGUCAGACAUAUAAGUGCACCAGCUUAGAAAGUUUUCCAUGUUUGCAGUACUUAUUUUCUAAAAUAAUAAAUAGUUUGUUUGACACAUUUCAAUUAGUUCUCUUAUCUGAUGUCAUGAUGGGCAGGUUAUCUACAUUAGAAUCAGAUGGUUUACAAGUAUAUUUAGUUACUUUGCCUCGAAUAGAUUGGCAUAGUUGAAAUUAAAACCGGUAAUCAUUUAUCAAUCCACACAUCAUAUGCUUCUCUAUUACAAACCUAACCAUAUGGACUUGCAUAGAACUUUUAAACUAUGAACUUUCAAUAUGAUGUAAAUGACUAAAAAUAUUCAACCACUAACGUAUCUCAGGGACUAAUUUCUCCAAUUCUUACUUAAUUGAUUCCUCUUCCUAAGGUUGUUCCUCUUUUUCCUAUUCUUGAGGGAAGGUUAUUCUGAGAUCUCAUUUAUGUGUUAAGAGCCGAAAGAAUUGAUUGUGAUAGAGUGAAGUAUCACUGAGUAAAUUGUAACAAACAGCACCUUUUGGGACCCUUGUUCUUUCAGAGUUGGGUUGUCCCAACGACAAACACUUGUUAUAACCCAUGUAGGCUUUUUAUGAAUUGAUAUGUGGUUCAGUGACAAGAAAGUGAAAUGAAGUGAGUUGCAUGAUCAUCAUCUGAUGAUCUUAUAAGCUCAAACUAAAGCGUAUUGUUGGGUUAUGUUGGAGACUUAUAGGUUCAUAGUUAAAUUGAGAUAGAGGAAUGAUGUAUCAAGAAUGGCACUCAAUACCAAUAAUUAAUAAUCAUAUUCAUAUCAUGCCUGAAUCGAGUAAGAGGUAACUUCACUCAAUGGGAACAGGUAAAAAAUGCUUCCGGACCCGCCAGAACUUUCACCCUUUUCUUUAUUAUUAAAUUAAAAUUGUUUGGUGCUAAUGUAGGUGAUCUUCCUAAAUCUAUCACUAAUUGAAUUGCGCCACUCAAGAUCAAAUGGGCACUUACUAACUGAAAAUGGAAAAAAAAGGUUAAGCAAAUUCCUACGUGGUAACUAAAAAAAAUCAACAUUACUUGUUGGGAGUGGAUCUUCAUAAUUGAUUUUUUUUUCUUUUUCUCCUUUC